AUGUUUUAUCUUUACUUUUUCUUUGUUUUAGGAUGCUCAGCAUUAUAUGAGAACUGUCCUUAUGUGAUACAUCCUAGUAAAGAAGAGCUCUCAGGGCUGCUAGAAAACCCGGAUUAUAUGGCGGUUGAUAUUAUUUAUGAUAGAAAUGGCAUGCCAUCUAAAGUCCUUUCAAACGUAAUUGUUGAUGUAUUAGACAAGUACCAUACUUUUGUUAAGGUCUAUGCAUAUGACUGUGCAGACGAUGAACAAUUAUGCCCUGAAAAUAUUAAGGCUGAGCUGCCUAUAUUUGAAGCUCACGUGCCGGCUGGGCUAAAUCCAUAUACAGGAAAGCCACUUGUGCAUAAAAGAAAAUUUGAAGGAGAAAUUGCAUAUAAAGAGGUUUCAGACUUUUUAUUGACAAACAUCCCGUUUUUAGGCGAAGUGCUAAAUAAAGAAAACGAAGAUUUCUUGAAUGAAAACCAACUGAACCAUGCUAUUUUGUUUAGCAGCAAAGAAAAAGCUCCACUGAUCUUUAAGGCGCUUUCUUCAGAGUUUAGAGGAAGAUUGGAGUUUUGGGUAUCUUUGUCAAGUGAUCCUGAGUAUUCAAAGACGUUUGGGGUUACUGAGUAUCCUACACUCAUGGUAAGGGUUGGGGAAGAUAUGUAUAAGUAUACAGGAAAAUAUGAUUUCUUUGAAAUCUCGAAAUUUUUGGACCAAUUUGCUGCAAAGGAGAGGCAAGAGUUAAAACUGAAAAAGAAAAAGCCGAAGGAAGAAAAGAAAGAGGAGCCUGAAAUCCCUCAAUUCCCUAUUCUAGAUUUGGAUUCAAAUAACUUUAAAGAAAAACUAGAAGGAGGCAAGCUUGCAAUUGUUCAUUUCUAUAAAGAAAGCCAAGUAACUGAAUGGGAAGAAAUUAAAAAGAACUACAAUGGCGUUGUACUACUUGCGAAUUUCCAAUGCAAAAAUGAAGCUGAAGAAGAGUUUGCAAAAUCAUUAGGCGUCAAAAAGUUCCCAUCACUUACUCCCCCCCUCCGUGAGUGAACAAAACCAUUAGAAAAAUCGCUAUUUUUUGCCAAAAACCCACCCUCCGUGAGUGAACAAAAAAUUUUUUUAUGGAAAAAAAUUGAUAUAUAAAUGAUAAUUAUUAUAAUGAAAUCUAGAGCUAAUUCUGUUUAUAUUUAAACGAAUUGCUUUUUAAAACAUAAAUUUUGCAAAUUAAAUUAAUAUUUGCUUUCCAAUUUUUGCGAAUUAGGAAUUUUUUUAAUUUCGAAAAAAAAAUUAACCCCCUCCGUGAUUGAACAAAAUUUUUUUGUUCACUCACGGAGGGGGGGGAGUUAGAAUAUUCCCAAUUAACCGCAAACGUAAAAGCUUGGAACUUGUUUUCUCCAAUCAAUACGAGCUUGAAUAUGAAAUUUCCAGAGAGCUAAAAGUCGAUAUCAUUUCACUUUCUGAUUCAAAUAUCAAUGCAUUUGUCAAUCAAGUAGGUGAAGAACAAAAAGUAGGAUUAUUAUACCUAACAGAAACUACCCCAAACCUUCAUUUCAAAGGUCUCGCAUCUGACCCUGCAUUUAAAGAUUUCGUCAAAUUUGGCAGCCUUAAUAAACCUCCAGAGCAAGCUAAACAAAUUUUCAACCAAAGCAGAUAUCCUACAAUAAUCGCAUUUUCUUCUCCAGAUGAAAAAGGAGAUUUUAAUCUAUUAGAAUUUACUGGGAAUUUAAAUGAUUAUGCAGCUAUGAGCUUUUUCUUAGAUAAACAGGCUAUCCCAUAUAUGCUUAAACGAGAGAUCAGCCCUACAGUUGAUGUAGAGAAUGCAGAUAUCGUAGAAUUUAAACACAAAAAUUACGAAAAAGCAUGCACAAAGAAAAUUGGGAUGUGUGUAAUAGGCUUUUUUGAAGGUAACCCUGUAAGAUUUAUAUAGGAAAACACUCCCCAAUUUUCUGUACUUAAAAAAGUGAGUUUAUUGAUGGAAAAGCGAAAAAUCCCUUUCCAUUUCGGCUGGGUUGAUGGGAUUUGCCAGCAUGAACUGCGAGAAAGUUUUGGAAUCUCAGAAGCAAUGAUGCCAAAUCUUGCAGUUUAUUUCCCACACAAACAAAAAUCAGCCAGACUUGUCGGAACUUUCAAUGAAGAUGAUAUUAAUUCCUUUUUAGAAGGUGUUACAAGAGGGAAAAUCUCAACUGACGACAAAGCCAAAAUUAAAGUUAUCGAUAGAGAUUGUGAAGCUUUCCAUAAUAGUUUAAAGCAGAAUACAGAAGAAGGUCAUGAUGAAUUAAUUGAAGAAGUACUAAAAGAGGAGGAAGAGAAGAAAAAAGCUUUAGGGGUUGAAGAAGGGACUUCAAAGAAAGGAAAGAGGAGAAAAAGAAAAGGAGUGAGUAAGGCAGAUGAUUUAUAA